AUGGGCGCCAAUGGUUCAAAGCCAGUCGAUCGUAGCCGGAGAGUCAAGGUCAUUGGCGCCGGCUAUCCUCGAACGGGCACAACCACACUCGUCCUUGCUUGUGAGAAGCUGCUCAACGGCCAAGGUCUCCAUGGAGGAUCUCAUGGGCUAGCUCGUGAAGAUGAGUAUAACAGGAAAUGCUACGAGCUCUACAAGUAUCGACACGAUAAACCCCACGUGCUACAGCUGUUGAAAGAGCUUACAGAGGGGUUUGUUGUUACAAGCGACAUUCCCUUUUUCAGUUUCGUGCCUGAAUUAUGCGAGCUGUAUCCCGAUGCGCAGGUGAUUUAUGUAAAGAGAGAUCCAGAAACCUGGUGGAGGAGUAUGGGGGCCGUCGCAAGUAAUGCACAGACCAAAUUUCUGUCCAUGCUAUUCUGGCCGGUUCCCGGUUGGAGAUGGAGCAUAGGCGUUAUCGACGGCAUGGCUGCGAUGGAACGAGAGUCCUACAAUCCAACCUCUGGCAAGAUCCCAAAUCCCGAAUCAAUGGAACGCCAUAUGCAAUCAGUAAUCGACAGUGUCCCCAAGGAUCGACUUCACAUUGUACGACUGGAGGACGGAUGGGCGCCAUUAUGCAAGAUCCUCGACUGCCCUAUCCCAAACGAACCGUUCCCCAAAGCUAAUGAUGCCGAAAACGCUGAACAAAUAUUUCUGAACAUGGGACUUGCCUGGCAGGCAGCGGUUGGUGGCUCUGGAGAAGUUUUGGUCACCGAGUAUGAACCACCUAAUUGCUGGUCGUGA